AUGGCACGCAAAGCGUUGACUGUGAUGAGUUCUUGCCCCAUAUCAGCAGCUACCAGUUUCAAGAGCUUGAGAGAGGAGCAGCACCUCUCUCCCGGCAACCUCGAUGGACCGAUCAAUGCUCUGAACACCAUAGUAGACGGCGUAAAGGACUAUCUUCCCACCGCUGCGUUCCAGCCAUGGCUUAUGGCUUCCCUCGACGAGAUUCUUGUGCAAUCUGGAAGAAUAUCAUCGGCGUCGGCAGAAUCUUUGGUGAAUCUACUGCUGAGCAGUAAUGAUUUGACAUGGAUUGAGAAAAUAUUUACUCCUGCACUUUGCAACCACCUUGACCAAAGCAAUCCAGAAAUAUUUUUCGCGCUGGCCACGGCUCUUUCCGUCUCCCUCGAUCAAGAACCCAAAGAUCUCGCCAAGCAAGUAUGCGUUGCAGUACUGCGAGGUGUAGCUCCGUCCGCAAUCGAAUCCACAAGGCUUCCUAAAGACCCACCCAAGCCAAAGCGAACAUCGUACACUUUCCGGAAUCGUCAUCGCCACGAGCGUAGCCCAACGCCGGAGGAGAAUGAUCUGAAAGCCAAUCUUUGUUUACUGCAUCAGCUUCUCCUUGGCUGCGGUUUAAAAGACGAAGCACGGUUACUACUACAGCAUGUAGAGCAGGAAUGCCAAUCUUCCAUGCAUCCCGCAUACUUCGACACCCUCGUACUUCCAUACUUGGAUCGUGUUAUAGGUCUCCGAAGACUCGACGAAGUCUUACUCCCAGAAGAUCUGAAAUUCGCCGAGAGAAUCAUCCGAAUAUAUCAGUUCCGAUCGACUGGUCCUGAACCUCUACCGCCAACAGACUGGUCUCGUCCCUUACUAGCCAGCCUAUGCCUUUGUUCAACGUGCAAACAACUACGUGAUUUCAUCAUCUCUCCACAGCGGCAACGCAUGGAAUUCACUGCCAUCUUCAAAGUUAGGCAGCAUGUCGAAAAGGUCCUUGGAGAUGAUUACGAUACUGUCGUCCAUAAGAACAGCACUCCACAUACGUUGGAGGUGAUCAAGACGACUCGUUAUUGGGCUCGAAGUCUUCGAGAUUGGCAAGCGAAUAGCCGAGUCGUGGAAGCCAAAGCGAAGUCAUUUUUUGAAAGAACACGAUAUUGCAACAUCACUUGGAAGGCAUCACUUGAAUUCUUCCAACGAAGGGGAUGUCCCUGA